AUGAAAAUAAUCGUUAUUUUAUGUGUCAGUGCUAUUGUAGUUUGUUCUGAUUUUUCAACUACGAACUUGGAAUCAGCCUUACAUGAGAAUGGAUCUGUUUAUGGUUGGAAAGAAGUUGAAUAGAAGACCUUUUAAAAUUGGGUGAAAGAAAAUUAGAGAACAUAUAAUAACGAAUUCGAAAUGAUCUAUAGAAUGGAAGUCUUCGUAAAGAACUAUAGAGCCAUGAAGCACCACAACGAGUAAUUACCAAAGGAUGUUUGGGGAUUAAACAAUUUUGCAGAUGAGACCAAUGAAGAGUUAGUGGAAAAGAUAUUUAUGAAGAGAGAUUUUGAAACUCAUUAUGAUUUAUUUAAUGAAAAUGACCUCGAUGCAAUCCGCUCUGACGCAUUGAGUCACAAUUCAUUUUUACAGGCUGAUAAAACUGUUGUUGUUGUUAAAAAAGUUGUCAAAGCAACAAGUGCUGCAUCAUCAAAAGUAGAAGAAGCCGUUAAGAAUCCUCCUAGUUUAGAUUGGUUAAAAUAAAUCACUGAAGUUCAACAAUAAGGAAGAUGUGGUAGUUGUUGGGCAUUUGCUGUAUCUGAUGUCACUAUCAGUAGACUAUCGAUAGCAAAUAAAAAUAAGCUCGAUUAAUUAUCAAAGACUCAUCUAAUUGAUUGUGCUGAUGGUAAUACUGCAGGGUGUGAUGGAGGAUCCGUUGGAGAUGCAUUUGAAUUUAUCAACAAUUAUGGAACAGUUUACGAAAAAGAUUAUAGAGAAUAUGAUUAAAAAGAAGAUGAAUGCACAAAACCAAAGGGAAGUAUUGGAUAUAAACAAUUUAAAUCAAUUGAAGGAUUAUCCAAAUUUACAAAUGAUGAUAUUGAAACUGCUAUGUAAGAUGGACCUGUAGCAGCAUUAAUGUAUGCAGAUGAAAGUUGGUUAAGAUAUAAGUCUGGAAUCAUUAAUACUUGUAAUUAUCCUAAAGUCUCCAAUUAUCAACAUGUAGUGGUCUUCGUAGCUUAUGAUACACAAACAUGGUUUGUUAAAAAUUCUUGGGGAUCACAAUGGGGAAUGGAAGGAUUCUUUUAGGUUUAAAAGAAUGGGGAAGAAAACUGCAUCGAUAAAAUUAAGAAAAUUACCUUUCCAGAGAUUUGA